AUGAGCGACGACAGAGAGAGAGACAGGCCUGAAGGGAGCCGCAGCCAGAGCCACAGAGACAGACAGGCACCCAAUGUCAAACCCAAACUCAGCCAGAAAGAGUGGAAGAAGGAGAAGCCUGCAAAAGUCAGGAGAUCAAGGAGUACUGACUCAGAGAGGACCGAAAGAGGGAGGAGAAGAGAACGAGACAGGCACCAGGGUGAGAGGAGCCAGCGUGGGAGAAGUGAGGAGGCCCGGAGACGAGACAGGAAAGAGGGAGAGAGCAGCAGGAGGAAGGUGAAGCGCCCUGAAGACGAUGUGGAGGACACUGAGUGUGCUGUGUGCUUCUGCUCCUAUGAUAACAUUUUCAAGACCCCAAAGCUGCUGGCGUGUGGGCACACUUUCUGUCUGGAGUGCCUUGCUCGCAUCAAUGUGACCUCUCCUGAGCUCAAGACUCUGUCCUGCCCAGUGUGCCGUGAACUGACCGACCUCCCCCACGGCCAGGAUUUGCCCCGACUGGGCAACAAUCAGGACAUCAUAGGCAAACUCCCACCAGAGAUGCACAGAGCACUGUCUAUCCGCUUCAAGCGUAACAAGGGCAAACUGCUCCUGAAGAAUCCUCCUCCCACCAGCCCGACCAAGACUAACAUCCUCACCCUGCCUAAAAAGAAACAGGAUGGCCAGGUGACAGCAGCUGGAGACCCUCACUUGAAUGCAAUGGAGCAGGGAAUAGCCCCAACCACUGUGGUGGAUGUAGGCAGGCCUCCAAACAGGGUCAGAGGUCGCCUGCGCAGGUUGUUCCGCUCUGAUCAGUGCUACUACACCGUGGUGGCGUCCAUCAUCACCAUCACUGUGGCGCUCAUGCUGGUGGGGAUUUUGGCCUUUGUGAUCAUACCGAACGUGGUCAUUCACCACAGACCCCUUUAUCCAGGAAACCAAACAUUCCCGGGAACAGAUACUCCGACAAGACCCUGA